AUGGCAAUGAGUAAAUGGAAGAAUGGUAUAGGUCCAAACACAAAUGCAACAUUGAUGGAAAAUGUGGCAAGAUGUGCAUGCAUGUUAAGUGUUCCUUAUGGAAGGGGGAGGGUGUGUGUUCAUACAGCAAAAGUAGCCAUACAUGUUGAUCUUGGAAAAGGUGAAUGUAGCUGUGCAGCUUGGCAAAUGUCAGGCAUCCCAUGCCCGCAUGCAUGUGCAGCUAUUAAGGUUUUGAAUUCCAAUGUCUAUGAUUUCAUUGAGGAAUGCUACAAGAUUACGUCCCAACAAAAGAUUUAUGGUAGGACCAUGAUUCUGGUGGUGACAAUUGACAUGCCAAAUCUUAAUAACUAUCGGCUGCAAGAUACAACAAGUCAAGUGUUCUUGACACCACCUUUGACUAGUUGA